AUGCGUGUGUCCUUCUCUCGUGCCGUGCCGUGCAUGCAUGCAUCACACGAUUCCGCCCGGAGUGCUAGAGUUCGUGGACUCACUUUCUAUUUCUUCUCAGCCCAUAACAUUUUUUGGGUCGACGAAGGAAGGAUCGGAAGGCCCGGCCCAUCGUAUGACGAAGAGCCGGCCCGGCGUGCUCCUCGGUCCUCCCCCGUCUGGUUCGGCAGCGGCAGCAGCGCGAAGGGAGUUCCUCAGCAGGGUAGCCAUGCUUGGUCUUCGUGCCCGCGCAGCGUCGCAGCUCCAGCGCCCAACCCCGUCUCCCUCUUCCGCUUCCUCGGCGUCGUUCUCGCUCGCGAGGCUCGGUUUGUCAGGAUUUUGCUAGCGUCUUCUCUCAGAACUCGACCAGAGCACGCACCGACUACUGACCAAUGUCUCCUUUCAGGUUCAGCUGGGAUAGAGGCACCUAAAUUUUCACAUAUUAUAUUCUUCUUCUGGUUCAUGUUGGCAAAGUACGAUCUUUCACCAUCGGAUUUUGAUAAAUUCAGUAAUAGGAAUUCAAAAAUCUUUGACUGACGAAAAAAUGGACACCCAAAACACGCAACUCACUUUUUUUUCGUUCACCGUCGAAUCCCAUAUCAUCGGAUACCAGUAUUAGUCGUUUUGCCUCCGUGAAGAUGGUGUGAGCUAAAUACAUGUGUCCUUUGUU